AAACCAGAACAAAAGGCGAUGAUUGAACACAAAUUAUUCAACAUUUCUCUGUUUUUGUUGCUUCUUUAUUCAGGAGCACUUAGCGAAGAUCUUUCGCUUGCCUUCACUGUCAGAGAUGGAGAUAAAGUCACUUUGCCUUGUAAAAAUCAGAUCAACAUUCAUCACAACUGUCACACUACCACCUGGAUCUUCAGUGAUUCAAGAGGCACACCAGCAGUAGAGCUGGUUAAUCAUGGACAAAUCAAAGAAAAAGCCAAAUCAGACAGACUGAGUGUUACAGCACAAUGUUCACUGGUUAUAAAGAAGGUCACAGCUGAGGAUGUUGGUCGUUACACCUGCAGACAGUUUAGAGGUAAUCCAGGGAGACAGCAAGGUCCAGAUGCUGUGGUUCAUCUGUCUGUUGUUGUCAUGACUGAAAAGAAGAACGCUGAUAAAGUAACUUUAAGCUGCUCUGUGUCGACAUUUGAUCGGUGUAGACACAAAGUGAAGUGGAUUCAUAACAGAAGAGAUCUGGAUAGAGAUUACUCAAAUUUAAAAACAUCACAGUCUUCCUGCUCUGCUACUGUGACUUUUCUGAACCUUACAUAUGGUCACAUAUCAAGUUCUGACUUUAAGUGUAGCUUAAAAACAACAGAAAAUAACAAAGAGCAGCUUUUUACCUUCAGCCAUCAUUCAUCAGGUGAAGAAACAAAUACAGCAACAACAGUUAAAUUAGACACAAUGACUACAAUAAAAGUGCUGGAAAUGGGUGGUUCAACAAAUUUACCAGAAAUAUAUGCAGCAGCAACAAUUACAUUGGAAAUAAUGACUGAAUCUGGCAUUAAAGGAGGUCUGACAACAAAACAGCUGGAAAUCAUGAAUGGUUUGAGAAAAUUACCAGACUGGUCCUGGUACAGGCUUGCCAUUGUGGCCCUGGGUUUAGUAGCACUUAUAGCAGCUGUUGUUGUCGUCAGCAUCUGGAUAAGAGCUGGGAAAAAAGCACAGAUGGAUGAAAACAUGGAACGGAAUUUAAACUCUGCAGUAACUUCGUCUGCUCCAGGAACCAUUCAGGAAUCUGCUGAUCUUCAAGAUGUUGUUCUCUACGCCUCCCUCAGCUACACCGAGACCACCUACAGCUGUCCAGGUCUUCAGGCUCCCGAUAAAGACCAUGAAGAAGGUGAAGCUGUGACCUACAUUAUAUGUCCAGUCUCUUCUCCUGGACCCGCUCCCAGCAACCUCUAUGCUAGCAUCAACAAACCAAAAAACUAAAAAACAGAAAAAAAAACACACAGAAUCUCUUUUUAUUUGGUAACUUCUUUCUUUAAUUUCCAUUCUUGUGUAAUGAAAGAGGGUUUCUGUUUGGCUAAAGUUCC